GGGGCCGAACGCUGUGUCAGACAGAGAAACAGCCAUGGCGUCCUACUUUGACGAGCACAACUGCGAGCCGUUGGACCCGGAACGGGAGACCCGAACCAACAUGUUGUUGGAGCUCGCCAGGUGGGUGCGCAGUGCUCGGGGGAGGGGUGAGUCCAGGCAGUCACUUUUCAAUCGGAUGGAUUUUGAGGACUUGGGGUUGAUAAUGGAUUGGGAUCACCACCUGCCCCCACCAGCCGCCAAGGCUGUCGUGGAAAACCUCCCCCGGACAGUCAUCAGGGGCUCUCAGGCUGAGCUCAAGUGCCCCGUGUGUCUUUUGGAAUUUGAGGAGGAGGAGACCGCCAUUGAGAUGCCUUGUCACCAUCUCUUCCAUGCCAACUGCAUCCUGCCCUGGCUAAGCAAGACAAACUCCUGCCCCCUGUGCCGCCAUGAGCUGCCCACUGAUGAUGAUGCUUAUGAGGAGCACAGAAGAGAUAAGGCUCGAAAGCAGCAGCAACAGCACCGACUGGAGUACCUCCACGGAGCCAUGUACACGUGAGGUGGCUGGGAUUACACGCCGGCUGGCAGGCCACCGCAGCUGCCUCUUGCACCUUGAGUCCUCAUUAAAGGUUUCGUUAUGCACCCUG